AUGCCGUACGCUAAUCAACCUUCUGUCCAUAUUACUGAGCUUACUGAUGAUAACGUAAAGUUUGUUGUUGAAGAUACAGAAUUAAGUGUAGCAAAUAGUAUGCGACGUGUAUUUAUCGCGGAAACUCCAACGAUGGCUAUAGACUGGGUGCAAUUGGAGGCUAACUCCACCGUUUUGAGUGACGAAUUUCUUGCUCAUCGCAUCGGUCUCAUCCCUCUUAUAUCCGAUGAAGUCGUUGACAAAAUAAGAUAUUCCAGAGAUUGCAUGUGUGCAGAUUUUUGUUCAGAUUGUAGUGUAGAGUUUACUUUAGACGUAAAGUGCUCGGAUGAGCAGACAAGGCAUGUAACUACAGCAGAUCUUAAGUCAAGUGAUCCCAGGGUAGUGCCCGUAACAUCUCGCCAUAGGGAUGAAGAUCAAGCAGAUUAUGGUGAGAUGGAUGAAAUUCUUAUCAUAAAAUUAAGAAAAGGUCAGGAACUAAAAUUGCGAGCAUAUGCAAAGAAAGGUUUUGGUAAAGAACAUGCUAAAUGGAACCCAACAGCAGGUGUAUCAUUUGAAUAUGAUCCUGAUAAUUCAAUGAGGCAUACAUUAUUCCCAAAACCAGAUGAAUGGCCUAAAAGUGAGCAUACAGAAUUAGAUGAAGACCAAUAUGAAGCGGAGUUCAAUUGGGAAGCUAAACCAAAUAAAUUCUUUUAUAAUGUUGAAUCAGCAGGAGCCCUUAAACCUGAAAAUAUUGUUUUAAUGGGUAUAGUUGUGUUGAAAAAUAAACUAUUGAAUUUACAAGUACAGUUGUCUCAAGAAGCUCAAAAUGAUGCUUUAGCGAUUAAUUGA